AUGGCCGAUCCGUACAACCCGUACACUUCUUACUCCACGCCCACCCCGGGCGGGGUCGGCUACUACCCGCCGGAGGAGCAAGCUCGCCAGCAGCCAUAUCCAAACCAGUAUCAGCAGCAGCCAUACGGCACCGCAGAGCCACAUCCAGAUCCUAACUAUGCGUACCCCCCGCCGGGCCCGUAUCACCUGGCCCCAGAAACCUACCAAGGCGCGCCCGACAACAGAAGUUACACACCGAUAGGACAGCCAGACCACCUCGGCCCCGUGUCUGGUACAGGAAUCCCUCCACACUCGAGCGGGAAAGUUCCUGAGAAUCUGGGAUACUAUGGUGAUCCAGCUGAACAGCCACGGUACACUCCUUCCGCCAAUCCGCACGCGCCCUCGGUCUAUGUGUCUGACUCUGCAACCCCGCGGGAAAAUAGCGGCAACAUUUAUGCGGAUGAACGGGAUGACGAGCCUGGAAGUGAGCGUGGGGUUGGAAGCUCUCUUGCUGGGGGUGCGGCGGGUUAUUAUCUCGGACAUAAGAAGGAUCAUGGCCUUCUAGGCGCUCUUGGCGGUGCGAUUAUUGGGAAUAUCCUGGAGAACAAGGUCAAAGAUCAUGGUCAUGGUGAGCAUCAUCACCGCCAUCAUCAUGGGCAUCAUCAUGAUGGGCAUCACAGCCAUCACGGGCACCAUAGUCGGAGUCAUUCGCGUGGUCACGAGGAUGACUAUUGA